AUGAGUUCAAACGAUCCAGGACAUAUCGAAAAACUUGAUAGAAAUCAAAUUGAAAGUCUUAAAAAAUUCUGGAUUAUUGUUGGAGAUAAUAUAAAUGAUUCAGAAAAUGAAAUAAACUCAAUUUAUAAAGAUGAAUUAUUUCUAGCAAUUGGUUAUGAUAAUCCAGAUGCAGUUUUACUUCGUUGGCUUCGUGCUAGAAAAUGGGAUACAAAAGCUGCUUUACAACAAUUAAUCGAUACAAUUAAAUGGAGACAUCAAUGGGGUGUUAAACAACUUUUAGCUAAAGGUGAAACUGAUCUUUGUUAUGAUGAAAUAAUAACAGGUAAAACUUAUUUUAUGGGUCAAGAUCGUCUUGGUCGUCCAAUAAAUUAUGUUCACGCUAAAGAUCAUAUAAAAGAUCAAUUUCCAUCUGAAGCAACAGAAAAAUUCACAGUUUUUUCUAUGGAAACAGGUAGAAAAUUACUUAAACCACCAAGUGACUCUGUAACUGUUGUUUUUGAUUUACAUGGUUUUGGAUUAAAAAAUAUGGAUUAUCAACAUUUAAAAUUUCUUACUCGUCUUCUUCAAGAUUAUUAUCCCGAAUCAUUUGCACUUGGACUUGUUGUUAAUGCACCUUGGAUAUUUAAUGGAUGUUGGUAUAUUAUUAAACGAUGGUUAGAUCCUGUUGUUGAAAGUAAAAUUCAUUUUUUAAAUAAUAUUAAUGAUUUAACACGAUAUAUUGAUCCAUCAUCUUUACCUAAACGAUUAAAUGGUACUCAACCAGAUUUUAAUUAUAUUCCACCAACUGAACAAGAUUUAUCUAUGAUUGCUGCUUUUAGAAAUGAUCAACAAGGAAAAAUAAAAGCAGAAGAAACACAUCGAGAAACUGUACAAAAUUAUCUUAAUAUAACAUAUAAAUGGGCUCAUGGAGAUGAAACAAAUGAUUUAUUAGAAAAAAGAAGAAUAGCUGCUAAUCAAUUAAGAGAUGCAUAUGAACAACUUGUUCCAUAUAUUCAUACAACAACUCAUUAUCAUAGAACUGGAGCCAUUUAUGAACCAAUAUUUGAUAUUGUCUAUAAUAAAAUUCAAAAUAAUACACAACAAUAA